AUGGCUACCCCCAGUGUCCUUACCUUUGAUGCUGAGGGUCGUGCUGUUGACUUUGAGGUCUGGGUCGAUGACCUCCAGCUGUUCCUACAGUGCGAUAGGGCAGACGGACUCUCCCUGUUCGAUCUCACCUCCGGUGCCUCUCCUGCCCCGCCUGCUACUGCUGACAGCACUUUCAAGAGUGCUAAGACCUUAUACGACGCUGUAGUUGCGCGCUACUCUUCCCCUGCCACUGCUCCGCUUAGCCGCCUCAUGCUACCGUACCUGUUCCCUGACCUUGCUGCCUUUCCCACAAUCGCUGACCUCAUCACGCACCUUCGCACUAGUAACACUCGCUACCGCGCUGCGCUUCCUGCUGAGUUCUGUGCCAAGAACCCCCCCCCCAUGUACAUCACCCUCUACUACAUAGUCACCCAGCUCCGUGACUCCCUUCGCUUAGUCAAGGACCACUUCCUCUCAGUUUGCCCCACCACACUCACUAUUGACCUCCUCGAGGAGCGCCUCCUAGCAGCAGAGAAGAGCAUAGUCGUUGUAGGAGCCUCUCGUGGUGACCCUCGCACCCCCAACUUUGAGGGGUGUUCCCCUUCCCCCCUCUUGCCCUCUGUUGCUUCUGCUGCUGCGGCCGACCUCGUUGGUCUUGAGUCGGUCGGCGCUGCGUCUACCCCUAGCGGGAGACGCCGCACCGGCAAGGGCAAGGGGGGCAAGGGCACUGGAGGGGCUGGCCGGGGCAGUGGAGGUGGUGGUGGAGGCAGUGGAGGGGGUGGGGGUGGUGGUGGGAGUGGUGGCGGGGGUGGAGGUGUCGGUGGCAGCAGUGGAGGCGGAGGAGGCGGCGGCGGUGGCGGAGGGAGCGGAGGCGGCGGAGGUGGCGGAGGCGGCAGAGGUGGCGAAGGAGGCGGCGGCUGCAAUGGAGCUGGUCGCGACUCUGCGUAG